AUUCCUGUUGUGAUGACAUGUGUUGUGCGAGACCUCCAAAAGAGUGCAUCUUUUGUAGAGAGCAUUGAAUAGAGAGACAGACUAUACUAUACUCCUAACUAAUAGAGUGUUGUAUAAAAAAAUCAAUAAAACUAUGUCGGCGGCGGACUUAACAAUGAAUUGUUUGCUUAUAUUCUCGAUUUCCAUCUUCUCGUGUGUGUCCAUCUCGACGGCCAUCACGUACUGUCCACUGCGAGAGACGGCCACCACUAAGUUGGACGCCACUAAGACUAAGAACUACUACGAGUGUCCGGGUCAUCUGCCCAAACACUAUAGCGAGUGCUGCAAUGAUAACCGAUGCUGUCCUUCCCUCUCCACCAGCAUCUAUGAGAUCGAUCAGAAUCUGGCGUUUAUGAUAGCAGUGACCGUAUCGAUGGUGUGUCUCAUAUUCGCUGUGUUUCUACUGAUUUGUUGCUUUUGUCCGACUUGUCCUCUAUAUAACUCAUGCAAAAUCAGAUACACCAGAGAUUAUGCGGGUUGUGCACAUAAGAUGGGAGAGACGCCACUCUACUCAUCGAUGAUGCCGUGCGACUCACCCCUCGGCAGUACAGUAGUCAUCGCACACCCACUACGAGACAAACCUAACGGUUAUAUCAACGAUAAUAAGGCCAAAGAGGCAGCUGUUUAAUACUGUGUCCACCCUUUCACUGCCAAAUCAAUCGCUACAUUCAGUCCAUUUGUGAGAUAAUUGAAGCCAUGAACAAAAAUAUGUUAAUAUUUGAAAU